AUUGCACACUCUUUGAUUGUUGGUCAAAUUAGGGAUCAAUUUAUUGGCAUAUGACAAGGUUCAUCAUUUUUGGUCUUCUUGAAGAUUGGUUUCAUUUCUUGGAUAGGGACCGACAACUUCCUUUUUUCCUUUUCUUUUUCAUUUCUUAUACAGCGAUCAUAGCAAAAGGCUUUCCUAUCAGACGAUUCAAUAGAACAAAGAGUUACUUACUCAAGUGGCAAGCUUACACGAAGGCGGGUAUUCUUUCAUCAUUUCAACAGGCGAGUGAACACAACAAGGGUGACUCUGGCUGCUGAACGUGUUUGCUAUAUCACAUCAUUUUGACGACUUUCAUCAAAUUCAAAUCGAUCUAAAUCACUCUAAACUCAAGCAAGACUCAUUGAUUCAAUAAGCAUCCGUGUUUAGUCAAUAUAUCGCCACUGUAUUCUCCUUACGGCCAAGAAUAAGCGGUUCCGACUUUUUCUCAAGCGGCGAUUCUGAGCAC